GGAGCUUGGCUGUCUGGAGGCUGAGGUAUCGUCUCAGCAUCAUCUGAGCCAACAAGGGAGUUUGAGCUGAUGCCAUGAAGAGGACAGAAAGAUGCUGGGAUUGAUAAAAGAUGGAAGUGGGGGAAUUUUAACGCCUGUUUCCAAUAAAUUGAGUACAGAUGGGUCAAACUAAAGUGAUUACCUGAGCCUGAAGAGGAGAAGUGCAGCUUCUGCGCUUCUUGACAUCCCUGUGCUGCAAACAUGCCAAUUCUGGACCAAGAGCCGUCUAAAACUGAAGGGGAUGGAGAUGAUCUGCCAAAGCUGCCGUUGCCCAACCUCCAGGACACACUGGACAUUUACCUGAGAUGCGUGAAACACCUGCUCACUAAAGAACAAUUCAGCAGGACCCAAAACAUCGUGAAACAGUUCGGAGUUCCUGGAGGAGAGGGAGAGUUAUUGCAGCGCAAACUCGUAGAAAGGAGGGAGAAAACGGCAAACUGGGUUUAUGACUUCUGGCUCAAUGACAUGUACCUGAAUAAUCGACUGGCUCUGCCCGUCAACUCCAGCCCAGCCAUGGUUUUCCCCCAACAAAACUUCAGGCUGCCUAUCGACUAUUUAAGGUUUGCAGCACAUUUACUUUCAGGAGUUUUGGAGUAUAAGACGCUUCUUGAUGCUCAUGCCCUGCCCAUAGACUAUGCUCAAGGCCAGCUGGCUGGAACUCCUCUUUGCAUGGAGCAGUAUUAUCGCCUCUUCACAUCAUACCGACUACCGGGGCCUGAGAGGGACACACUUGUGGCCCAGGAGAGCACGGUGAUGCCGGAACCUGAACACGUCAUCGUGGCUUGUAAAAACCAGUUCUUUGUCCUGGAUGUUGUGAUGAACUUCCGCCGGCUGAACGAGAGAGAUCUGCUGACUCAGCUCGACAAAAUUCUCAAAAUGGCUGAAAAUGAAGAAGAGCGCCAACCACCCAUAGGUCUUCUCACUUCCAACGGACGGACAGAGUGGGCCGAGGCUCGCAGCUUCCUGAUGAGAGAAUCAACCAACAGGGACUCCCUGGACAUGAUCGAGCGAUGUUUGUGUCUCGUCUGUCUGGAUGAAGCUAGUGGUCCUCAGCUAAGCGACACCACAUGUGCCGCAAUGAUGCUGCACGGAGGCGGAGCGGCCAAGAACGGGGGCAACCGCUGGUACGACAAGCCGAUGCAGUUUGUUGUAGGAGCUGAUGGUUGCUGUGGAGUGGUGUGUGAACACUCGCCUUUUGAGGGAAUUGUUCUUGUGCAGUGCACAGAGUAUCUACUUAAAUACAUGACUGGCAGCCCAUCGAAGCUGGUCAGGGCUGCAAGUUUGAGCGAGCUGCCCGCGCCCCGCAGACUCCGCUGGAAGUUCCUUCCAGAGAUACAAAAACUUAUCUCCUCAUCUGCUGAAAAACUUGAGAGACUGGUGAAAAAUUUGGACAUGAAUGUCCAUAAAUUCUAUGACUAUGGAAAAGAGUUCAUCAAGAAGCAGAAAAUGAGUCCUGAUGCUUACGUCCAGGUCGCACUUCAGUUGGCUUUCUACCGGUGUCAUGGCAGACCAGUGUCGACGUAUGAGAGUGCUUCCAUACGUCGUUUUCAGCAGGGCAGAGUAGACAACAUUCGCUCUGCCACACCGGAAGCUUUGGCUUUUGUAAAAGCAAUGACUGAAGGGAAGCUCAGCUCCGGUGACACUGAGAAGAUGGAGUUGUUACAAGAGGCCAUCAACGCUCAGACAAAGUAUACCAUUCUGACAAUUACAGGUAAGGCAAUAGACAAUCACCUACUGGGAUUACGUGAAAUUGCACAACAAAUGAAGAUGGAGAAGCCAGAAAUCUUCAAAGAUGAGGCCUAUUUGAUCAGCAAUCAGUUCAUACUCUCAACAAGUCAGGUCCCAACUACUGUAGAGAUGUUCUGCUGUUACGGCCCGGUGGUUCCAAAUGGAUACGGGGUGUGUUACAACCCUCAGUCAGAUCACAUCAUCUUUUCUGUGUCCAGUUUCCACGAGAGCCCCCUGACAUGUUCAGCUGAUUUUGUAAGGUGCUUGGUGCAGGGACUCCUGGACAUGAGGGAUCUGUGCAACAGGUGCAAGCAUGGCUCCGAUUCAGCCGAGCAGAGGAACGGUCAGAUGCCUGAGAUGCACUCACACACAAAAACAAGCGAUAAAACACCACAGAGGAAAUCUGGCCAGACCAAGAGUCAACCAGCAUCUCCUCAGGUUCUGGUGAGGAGUUCAGAACAGAAAAUCCAAACCAAGAAACCAUCAUGAAAGAACAGAAGUAGAACACUGACAGAACCAGUCAUGUUGUUGGAGUUUUAAAUGUAUUUGUGCAACAAUAGUGUAUUUCUGCUGAAUCAUUUAAAACACACAUUGUCACUGUGACACUAAAUUGUAUGUGAAGAUGUGUUAUUGUAAGAUGUGCUGUCAAUACAGAGAUGUUAUAAUUAUAAGAAAAACGUUAUUUAUUUUUAAGAUAUAGUUUAAUGGCUGUUUUCACAAAAAUACAUAUAUAUGAAAUAAUUUUAACUGUAUAUAAAUAGAAAAUAUAAAUCAAAAGUAUUCACUGAAUUUGGUAUUUUGUUAUUUAAAAAAUGUUAUUGCACUAAAAAGAGAAAUUAUCCAAAGAAGAAUUCCUCUCAGAGUGGCCAGAAUUUGUUCUGUGGUUAUUUUAGGCAAUCAUGUGACGUGUGUUUAAAAAUCAAUUGCUGCUAUUAUUCACUAAAGAUUGUAAAAGUGAAAUCUCCUUUAUCGUUUGUGCUGUAGAACAAAAACCUUCUUUACCAGUUUACAUAUACUGGGUGGUAUUUCAUGUACUGGGACUGACACUGUGCUUGUGUAUAAAUAAAACUAGAGUAUAAAAUAUUUAAAAGGGGUAACUUGUGAUAUAAAAAUGGCAUGUGUAUUUGUAAAUUCAUGGGGAAAUAUAACUAUUAGGCUUAUUUUUCUAUGAUAUAAUCAAAUGUAAAAUGGUGUGUGUACACUUGAAAAUGUAUAUGGUAAAUUAUAUAUAUCAGAGAUGAUUUUAGCGUUAAUAACUGUCAGUAUUGUAACUGUUAGAUUUUAUUCAGUAUUAAAAUAUUAAAACUCUAACCAAAAAG